AUGGGGGUGCCCUUUACACCAAACAACGUAUACGACCUGGAGACGCGAUACAAGGAGUACUGGCAGGGCAUGGUUGAAGAAGGCUCGCCUCUUCAUUUCGGAAAGCACAAUGGUGACAUUGUCCAGGUCCAGCUGUCGGACUUGGAGCGCCCAGUGCAUGUGCUUUGCAGUGGCCCGCCAUGCCCGCCUUGGGCAGGAAAUGGCAACAAGAAAGGUGUGGAAGACUUCCGAGCAAAAGCUUUUCUGGCUAUUGUGAAUAUAGUGGCUUCGCUAGCCAAGUGUGGUGAGCUGCAAGCAGCGAUCUUGGAAAAUGUCCAAGGCAUUUUACACCGCCAAGGUGGCGAAGAAAGUUUCAUGUCAAAGCUUCUGCACAUUUUGCAAGAAGAAGUGCAGGAAUUUCUCUGGCAGGUGGACACCCUCAAGGCGGUGGACUACAAGCUAGCGCAGGACAGAACGCGUGUGUUCUUGCGUGGGAUCCGGAGCACGUUGUGCCCAAGCGGGGCGGUGCCACCUCCACUACCCCCAUUUGGCCACAGAGUGUUGACAGACUUUCUGGCGUCAAUGCCUUGUGUGGACCGUAAGAAGCUCACAAAGUGCAUGGCCCAAAACUUGAAAGACAGCCAAGAACAACUGCGGAAACUUUUGCAGGAAGGUCGCCUCGUAGAGACAGACGUUGUCUGCUUCCCACUGGACCGCGCAGAUGGCAAAACAUACAAGCGGCAUAUCAGCGUCAAUCGUACACCAACAUUGACCACCUCGAAUUCAUACCUGUUUGUGUCAGACAUGAAGGUGGGCCUCCCAGAUCAGAAACGGACACACUUCCGUUUCUUGCAUCCGCAUGAGCGGUUUGUUUUGCAAGGUUUCAACGUGGAAGUCGCCGAACAAUUCGCUUCCAGCCAAGCCUUACAAGUCAAGGCAGCAGGAAAUGCCUAUCCAGUGCCACUCAUUGGAGCAGCAAUGGCCCCAUUGCUGGCUGCCUUCGGUGAGCUGCCCCAGAAAGGAGAAAGGGAGCUGGAGUUCCCCACGCGUUUCCAUGAGCGUUUGGCUGACGCCAUGUACGGUGCUGGGAAGAAAAGCAAACCAAAGAAGGCAGGACAUAAGGUGCUCAAACGACCGGCUGCACACCAAUCAUCAGACAAACCUGCAGACGAAAAAUUGGACAAAACCCAUCCUGGGCCCCAUGACAAGGAGCAACAUGACGGUGAUGGGGCACAGCCUUUGGGUGAAGAACGUGCGGGGCCUUCCACCAAGAAGCGACCUGCCAGCACGGCAAGCAUCGGAAGGCCCUGUCAGAAACCAAGACUCCCUGCCGCAUGGCGCCUGCGCUUGCCCGCAGAAACAUUGAGAGCGAAGCUUUUGCUUGUGAUUGUAGGGACAAACCACAUGGCUGAAGCCCGCUUUGAUGGGAUGCUUGACUACUUCGCUGCUCUCCAAAAGAGCUGCGGGGGGUUCCUUGAAAAGGACGCCUUAGACCCCCUGUUGAAAAGCUGCAUGCUGGAUAUUGAACGCGCCCCGCCCAUAACCAUAGAAGCAGGGGCCAGCAUGCUUAGAAAGCUUGAGAAAGCUACCGUGCCCCAGGCAUGGCGUGAAGCUUUAGUGAAACUGGUGCAAGCCAAGGUUCAGACAGGCGCAGAGAACAGCUGCAACGAAGGGAAUAAGAAGAACAAGGAAAAACCAAGGCAGACAUGUCUGCACUUGGACAACUAUUUCUUGAAGAAGGACUGGGAAAAACUGGCUUCGGAUGGGUUGACUGACAAGGUCAACUUGGCAGCGCAAAGAAUGGCAGCCCUGGGUUUGCUGAACCCAACAGAGCCGACUGUGGUGCAUGCAGUCGCAAUUCUGUAUUUGACGUCGCACAAAGGGACCCUGGAAGAACUUAACAUCACCGGCGUCCAUGCUUUGAAUACGGUGCGGGAUUUGAAAUCUGUGCUCAGAGGAUUGAAAGGCUUUACGCAGUCUGGGAUCACCAACUACCCAAUGGAUCCUGCAGAAUUGCCCGGCCCCAUAUUCAUGAAAGCGUUUGGACAAGAAAAGCCAGAGCCAAGCCGUCUGGAUCCUCACGCGCUUGGAUGGUUACAAGUUGUGCUACCUGCAAGGGACACGCACACAUCAGUGCGAGGUGCCUGGGGAAAGCGAACCUCGCGACUACGCACUGGCAACAACUUCCAGGAGAUGCUCAUGAAUGCCAUGAGCAACCCUGACAUGGCAGCAGCUUUCGCCAGCAUGAUGAGAAACAAUUCUGGAGUGCAGCUGAACAUGACACGCCGGAAACAGUUGAUGCCAAGCGCUGCCUCUGCACAGGUGGAACCACUCAUGUUGGCAAACGGGCCAGCUGCUUCUCACAACUUGGCAGGCAAGCAAGACCCAAAGGAUGAAGUCGACCUCGAGACAUCGCUUCCAAGUAAUGAAGAACCUAGCAUCAAGGCUCGUCCUGGUGCAAAAGAAAUCAGCAAGGCUCGUCCUGCUGUAAGUGAAACCAGCAAAGCUCGGCCUGCUGCAGGCGAACCCUGCGAAGCUCUGCCUGCAAAGGACAGCAAGGAAUUGCCUCCGCUGGAACCCAAAAGCGUAGAUGCCAUGGCGAAUGACAUCUUGGCAGCCAUUGGCGGCCAAAAAAGAAAGAAGACCGCUGCUGAAGAGACCACCGAGGGCGAUGACGUGCCCAUGCCGAAGGUAAAAGCCAAAAGCAAACCAAAGGGAAAGGCCAAAGCCACAGCAAAGAAAACAUCUGCUGUGGCCAAGGCCAAGAGUACGCCUCCCAAGACCAAGAAUGCUGCGCCCAAAGCAAGCCCGAAGAAAAAGAAAGAGGUCUUGCCAUUCCCUGGGACAGCUGCACAUGAGCCCGUUCGCCACAAGAACGCUACAGUUUACAUAUGCCCCAAGUCGACCAACUACAGGGUCAAACUUGAUGGUGAGAAGAAGGACAAGGCCUUCAGCUGGAAACGCCAGGAUGCGAAGGAGGCAUGGGUGCAGGUGAAGGAAUACAUCCUGAACUUGGUGAACUGCGCAGACUUCCGCGUCGGCGGCUUGGAACAGCCUGAGGCCCUGGAACUGAUGACGGAGUUGAAGAAGGCUUCUGUGGAUUUGGUGGAAAUCUCUGGUGGCACCUACGAGACCAUGGCAAUGAUGACACAAAGCAGCCAAGAAGGCUACUUCGUGGAGUUUUCGCGCACCGUCCGCGAACGAGUGCCCAACUUGCCUGUCAUGGCGGUUGGGGGCUUUAAGAGUCUCUCGGGCUGUGUGAAGGCCUUGAAGGAGGGCGAGUGCGAUGUGGUGGGCCUAUGCCGUGCCCUCUGUCUUCAACCGGAUUUGCCAUCCAGGUGGUUCCAGGGUGAAGAUCUGCCAUCGGCUUCCAAGACGGUUAGGAUCACAGUGCCCGUCUUUGGCGCCUUGCUGAUCCCUGGCCUCGGUUAUUACUACCACCAGCGGCAGAUGCAGCGCAUCGGCUAUGGAAAGGCCGUGGAACUGCAGUGUCCAACGGUGAGGAUGCUUCUACUGGUGGUUCCCCGCAAGUUGUUGUGGGAGCCACGACGUCUCUCCACCACAAGCUGCUGUCUCUGGGUGGCUGCGCUGGCCACUGGUUUGCUUGUAGCGGCGAGGGCCGUGAAACAGCGAGCAUGAUCAGCGCUGCCUUGAGAUGCGACAGAUGGAAAGAGAAAGGGCGUCUCUGCUGCAUGUGCUGUGGCUUGCUGCCAGGGCCAUGCAGUCAGCUGGGACGUAAU